AUGCAAUGGCGAGCGGCGUGCUCCCGUGUUGUUGAUCACCUUGGUGAAGACGUACUCUCUGGAGUUGAUUUUAGGACACUUGACCAGCAUGGUGAUGAUGAGCGCAAUGACGGAGCCGAGGUUGACGAAACAGUAGUACUUGGUGAUUCUGGCGAGGACGGACGACGGCAGCGAGUUGAUGAGGCCGUGCGUGAUGAUCACGGCGAUCGACGCGCCGGUGAUGUGGCCGGCGGACGGCACGUACUUGUAGUCGGAAGCCAUGGAAAUGGUCUGCAGCAGCAGCGUGGCAGCUCCGAAAUCGGUCGAGCACGCUCCGGCCAUGGCCCCGAUGAAGUAGAUCCACCCGUCAAUCCAGCAAACAAGAGGCACGUAUCUCUUCGGCACGACGUGGGUGAUCACAUAGUACAUUCCACCGCAGGUAGGGAAGCACGAGGUGAUAUGGGAGACCGAGUAAGCGAUGGCCAGACAGCCAAACAUACCAACGAACCACGACCAGGUCGCAGCGGCAGGGCCGCCGGCCCACAGCGGAUACUCGUAGGUGAUGGCGACAGUCCCCAUGAGACCAGAGAUAGACAGGGCGAACGAAAACGUUGCCAAGAAAGAGUAGCUUCUGUUGAACUCCUGCUUGUAGCCGAGAUGGGCCAGCUUGGCGGCGUCGGAGUCCAGAGUCACUCGUGGAGACACUGUUGUGUGCAGGUUAGCUUUUUCCAAGUCUUUGGUCAUGUUUGGAAUCUUCGAGAGAAGAAACAGAGAGGUAUUUGUAGGAAAAUUUUUACGUCAGGAGCUGCACGAAUAUCAAAUCGGUGA